UCUCUGUGCGGAUGGGAGGGUGUGCGUGUCUGUGAGCUGGCUGUGUGAUGGAGAAGCCGACUGUCCCGACUCAUCAGACGAAACUCUCCAUCACUGUUCUCAGGAGGUGGUGUGUCCUCUGAACCACAUGCAGUGUAUUGGUACACACAGGUGUGUUGCGUUCUCUAAAGUGUGUGAUGGAGUGGCAGACUGUGAGGAUGGCUAUGACGAGGGCGUUCACUGCAGAGUGUAUUUUCGGAGCUGCAGUGAGCGGCGGUGUGAGUUCGACUGUGUGAGGCUGAGAACGGGAGCGUCGUGUUACUGUGGAAACGGCCUGGAGCUGCAGGAGGACGGGAAAACGUGCAGAGAUCAUGAUGAAUGCGGGGAUUAUGGGACAUGUAGUCAAAUCUGCAUGAACACGCUGGGCUCGUACAGAUGCAGCUGUGCAGAUGGGUUCAGCCUCCAGGCCAACAGAAGGUCCUGCAAAGCCAAAACCGAUCCUGGGGAUCGACCGCCGUUGCUCCUGACGGCGAACCUCAAAUCUAUAUCAGUCACGUACCUAAACGGGUCGUCCGUGCCAAAUCUGAGGCCGAUGGACACAAACGGCACCCAAGCGCUGGACUUUAUUCACAGAGACGAAACAGUCUGCUGGAUUCAAACGUCCAAAACUGUCGGUCAGCUUUGGUGCGCCAAGCUGACCAAACUGAAAGGAAUUUCAGAAAAACGGCAAAUAAGGAUAGCACAGAACCUUCAGCAUGUGGAACAUAUGGCCGUAGACUGGCUCACGGGGAACUUCUACUUCGUGGACCGAGUGAGCGAUCGGAUAUUCGCCUGCAGUGAGAAGGCGGACGCGUGUGUUACGAUCGUAGAGCUGGAUCUUCAGAACCCCAGAGGAAUCGCCCUGGACCCAGCAGUGGGGAAGCUGUUUUUCUCCGAUUAUGGAAGUGUGGCUAAGCUGGAGCGCUGCGGCCUGGACGGAUCUGAGCGGAGCCGGAUCGUGGAGAGCCGGAUGGAGCAGCCCACCGCGCUGACCCUCGACCUGGUCAGAAAACUCGUCUACUGGGCCGAUACGUACCUGGACAUCAUUGAAGUGGUGGAUUACGACGGAAAAAACAGACACACAAUCAUCCGGGGGAACUCGGUGUCACACCUGUAUGGAUUAGCUCUGUUCGAAGAUUACCUGUUCGUGACGUGUUCUGAUCCGUCCAGAGGCAGUAAAGUGGACGUUUUGAGGAUAAACCGCUUCAACAGCAGUGACGCUCACCCUGUCACCACUCAGGAAACUUCCAGAGCCGUGAGAGUUUAUCACAGACUCACUCAGCCCGCAGUGAGGUCUCAUGCGUGUGAUGUAGAUGUUCAGGGUAAGAGUGGAGGAUGUUCUCAGCUCUGUCUCCUCAGCAGCAGCUAUAAGUCCCGUGUGUGUCGCUGCCGUACGGGAUACACACUCACCAGUGACGGGACCAACUGCAGGAAGUCGAAGGACGAUCCGUUUCUGUUCUAUGGUAAAGGUCGUCCCGGGGUCAUCCGGGGCUUCGGGCUGGACGGUAAAUCAGCCAGUCAGCACAUGGUGCAGAUAGAAGGACUGGUCAGCCCAAGAGCGCUGGACUUUCACUCGUCCAGCGGCUACGUUUACUUUUCAGACACAACCAGCUUUCUGAUUGGCCGGCAGAAAGUGGACGGGACUGGAUGGGAAACUGUCCUCAAAGACGAUCUGGACAAUGUAGAGGGUAUCUCAGUGGACUGGUUGGGCAGUAAUCUGUACUGGACGAGUGACGGUCACAGAAAGACGGUGAGCGUGGCCCGGCUGGAUGGAGCGGCAGAGAGCAGGAAGACCCUGCUGGAGGGGGGGAUGACCCACCCCAGAGCCAUCGCGGUACACCCCCCUGCAGGCUGGAUGUACUGGACGGACUGGGAGGAGGACGACGUGAACGACAGCAGAGGAAGGAUAGAGAAGGCGUGGAUGGACGGAUCUCACCGUCAGACCUUCAUCUCCUCCAACAUGCUGUGGCCCAACGGACUGACCAUAGAUCCGUCCAGCAGCACCCUGUACUGGUGUGACGCGUAUUACGACCACAUCGAGAAAAUCUACCUCAACGGAACCCGCAGAACCGUGGUCUACGACGGGAAGGAGCUGAAUCACCCCUUUGGAAUUUCACACUACCAGAAUUACAUUUUCUGGACGGAUUACAUGAACGCGUCCAUUUUCCGGCUGGAUCUGUUAUCAGGGAACGUCUCUCUGCUGAGGAGGGAGAACCCGCCGCUGUUCGGCCUGCAGGUUUACGACCCGCAGAAGCAGAAAGGUAAUAGCGCUUGCUCUGUUGACCGAGGAGGUUGUGGUGCAGCUGCUCUGUGUCUGACGAUACCUACUGGCCGAGUGUGUGCAUGUGCAGAUGGUCAGCACCUACUGAAAGACAACCUCACCUGCUCAGACUCAACCGUGCUGUCCCACCCUAAGCAGUGCGGUCCAGGUGAGUUCCAGUGCCGGAAUCAGCGCUGUGUCCAGCUGUCCUGGCGCUGCGACGGUGAUGAUGACUGUUCAGACGGCAGUGAUGAAGAACCACACCUCUGCUCGAACCGCAGCUGCCCGCUGGAUCAGUUCCGCUGCCAGAACGGCCGCUGCAUCCCCAAGAAGUGGCUGUGUGACGGUGCCAACGACUGCGGCAACAACGAGGACGAGGCUAACCUCAUCUGCUCAGCCCAGACUUGCCAGGCCGGCCAGUUUUCCUGCCAGAACGGCCGCUGCAUCCCCGAGAACUGGAGGUGCGAUCGAGACGAUGACUGCGGCGAUCAUUCUGACGAGCCUUCAUCGUGCGACUUCCCCACCUGUGCUCCUCUCACGCAGUUCAGCUGCUCCAACGGCAGGUGCAUCAGCAGCAAGUGGCGCUGUGACUCCGGUGAGAUAAAACUGACCAAUCCGUUAUGUCCUGAUGACUGUGGGGACGGCAGUGACGAGCUGGGCUGUGUCCAUGCGUGCUCCGUGGCUCAGUUCCAGUGUUCCAGUGGGAAGUGUAUUCCAGAACACUGGCUGUGUGAUGGAGACAACGACUGUGGAGACCACAGUGAUGAGAACGUCACCUGCAGAGGGACAGCGCUGGCCUCUGUGAGUGACUGCAGUGAGGAGGAGUUCCGUUGCCGUGGUGAGGGGUCAUGUAUCCCCGAGCGAUGGCGCUGUGACGGCGAUAAGGACUGCGAGGACGGCAGUGAUGAGGUGGCGUGUGAGGGGGUCCGGAGAGCGUGUGACCCCAAAGCGAAGUUCACCUGUAAGAGCUCAGGGAGGUGUGUGUCUCUGAGCUGGGUGUGUGAUGGAGAUGUGGACUGUGAGGACCACUCUGACGAGGCAGGAUGUGCCUCUGCGCUCUGUAAGCCCCCCCGCUUCUCCUGCGCUAAUGACUCAUCCACCUGCCUGCCCCCCGAGCGCAUCUGCAAUGGCCGCAGGGACUGCGCUGACCACUCGGACGAGGGGCAGUUCUGCGGUGAGUGUUCGGUGGAUAAUGGAGGCUGUAGUCAUGGCUGUCUGAUAGCUCCAGGUAAAGGUGUGGUGUGCGUGUGUCCUGUUGGACUGCACCUGGCUGCUGAUGGACACACCUGUGGUCAGCAGGACUUGUGCUCCGCCCACCUGCGCUGUUCUCAAGUGUGCGAGCAGCACAAACACACAGUGAAGUGCUCGUGUUAUCCGGGCUGGAGGCUGGAACCGGACGGAGAGAACUGCCAGAGCACAGACCCGUUUGAGCCGUUCGUAAUGUUCUCGAUCCGCCAUGAGAUCCGGCGAAUCAGCCUGAGGAGCGGAGACUACAGCCUGCUGGUUCCUGCGCUGAGGAACACCAUCACACUGGACUUCCACUUCAGCCAGAGGCUCCUGUACUGGACUGACGUGGUGGAGGAUCAGAUAUACCGCGGGAAACUGUCUGAAAGUGGAGGCGUCUCUGGCAUAGAGGUGGUUGUCCAGCACGGCCUGGCCACUCCCGAGGGUCUGGCUGUUGAUUGGAUAGCAGGGAAUCUGUAUUGGAUCGACAGUAAUCUGGACCAGAUUGAAGUGGCCAAGCUAAACGGUGACCUGCGGACCACCCUCAUCGCCGGAGGCAUGGAGCACCCCCGCGCCAUCGCUGUGGAUCCAGGACAAGGAGCUCUGUUCUGGACGGACUGGGACGCCAUGUUUCCCCGGAUCGAGGGUGCCUCCAUGAGCGGCGCAGGCAGACACGUGGUCUACAGGGACAUGGAGGUGGGGGCGUGGCCUAACGGACUCACACUGGACCACAUGGAGAAGAGGAUCGUGUGGACGGACGCAAGGUCUGAUGCGAUUUACUCGGCUCUGUACGACGGCUCUGGUGUGAUAGAGAUCCUGAGGGGUCAUGAGUAUUUGUCCCACCCCUUCGCCGUGUCCCUGUACGGGGGGAGUGUGUUCUGGACGGACUGGAGGACCAACACUCUGACUAAAGCCAGCAAGUGGACCGGCGCCAACGUGACCGUGAUCCAGAAGACCAGCGCCCAGCCCUUCGACCUGGAGAUCGUCCACCCCAGCCGCCAGCCGCAGACUCCUAACCCAUGUGAAGCCAAUGGAGGGAAAGGCCCUUGCUCUCAUCUCUGUCUGAUAAACUACAAUGUCUCCGCCUCCUGCGCCUGCCCUUAUCUAAUGAAGCUCUCUGCAAACAACCGCACCUGUCAAGUGGUGAAGAGGUUCCUGCUCUAUGCUCGGAGGUCAGAGAUUCGAGGUGUGGACCUAGAUGACCCGUACCUGAACAUCAUCACGGCCCUGACCGUUCCCGACAUCGAUGAUGUCACAGCCAUGGAUUACGACGCGACGGACGAGCGGAUUUACUGGGCCGACGUUAAAACUCGGACAAUAAAAAGAGCGUCCAUUAAUGGGACCAGACUGGAGACGGUCAUGUCUGGAGAUGUGCUGAACGUGCGAGGGCUGGCUGUGGACUGGCUGUCCAGGAACAUAUACUGGAUGAGCUCCGACAGCGACGAGACUCAGAUUAACGUGGCUCGUUUGGACGGUUCGCUCAAAACCACCAUCAUCCACGGCAUCGACAAACCCAGAGGCCUCGUUCUGCACCCAGCCAGAGGGAAAAUGUUCUGGACAGAUGGAAACACCGUAAACAUGGCCAACAUGGAUGGGAGCAACAACAAGAUCCUCCACCAGAACCAGAAAGAACCAGUCGGUCUGUCUAUAGACUACUCUUCCAGCAAACUCUACUGGAUUAGCUCAGGGAAUGGAACUAUUAACAGAUGUAACCUGGAUGGGAGUGGCCUGGAAGUGAUUGACAGUCUGAAGAAGGAUCUGAUGAAGGCGACGGCUCUUGCUGUUAUGGGUGAUAAGCUGUGGUGGGCGGACGAUGUGCUAGCCCAGGUGGGCACCAUGAACAAGAGAGACGGAAAGAACGUGGAAGUAUUGAGAACCAAGACCACAGGGGUGGUCCAGAUCAGAAUCUAUGACAAAGAUGGCCAAAAAGGUAAUAACGUUUGUAUGGUGAAUAACGGUGGAUGUUCUCAGCUGUGCCUGCCCACCUCGGAGAACACACGCAUCUGCUCAUGCACGACAGGCUACAGCCUCCGCACCGACCGCUCCACCUGCCAAGGAGUGGGAUCGUUCUUGUUGUACUCGACUCACGAGGGGAUUCGGGGGAUUGCGUUGGACCUCAGCGAUAACUCAGACGCUCUGAUGCCCUUGACGGGGACGCUGUCUGUGGCGGGUCUGGACUACCACGCAGGAAACGACACGCUGUACUGGGCUGAUACGGGAUCAAAUAAAAUCUGCAGAGCGGGUCGGGAUCAGACAUGGAGGGAGGAGGUGGUGGGCAGCGGAGUGGGCCGUGCUGAGGACCUGGCAGUGGACUGGAUCGCAGGUAACCUCUACUGGACGGAUCACGGCCUGGACCUGAUUGAGGUCUCUCGGCUGAGCGGCGCGUAUCGGGCUGCGGUCGUAUCUGAAGGGCUUGAUCAGCCUCGCGCCAUCGCCGUGCACCCACUCAAAGGGUUCCUGGUCUGGACAGAAUGGGGACAAACCCCAAGAAUCAGCAGAUCCUAUCUGGACGGCUCAGAGAAAAUAAUUCUCGUAAACUCUGGACUGUCCUGGCCCAGCGGAAUCUCCAUAGACUACCAGGAAAACAGAUUAUACUGGUGCGACGCCCGCACAGACAAGAUGGAGCGGAUCAGCCUGGAGAGCGGCGCGGAGCGGGAGAUUGUUCUGUCAGCCGGCGGAGCCGAUAUGUUUUCUGUGGCCGUCUUCGGCUCUUACCUCUACUGGUCUGACAGGAACUAUGCUAACGGCUCCAUUCGCCGCGGCUCCAAGAACAACGCUUCGGACGCGGUGACGGUCAGGAGCGGCCUGGGAGUGAACCUGAGAGACGUUAAAGUGUUUAACCGAGACCGGGAGAAAGGCACUAACCCGUGUGGUCGCAGUAACGGAGGCUGUGAGCAGCUCUGUUUCUAUCUGGGGGGGGACCGGAAGUCCUGCUCAUGUUCCCAUGGUUACCUGGCCGAGGACGGCCUCCACUGCCGCCCGUAUGAAGGAUACCUGCUCUACUCAGAGCGGACCACCCUGAGGACCGCCCACCUGUGGGACCAAAACUCUCGAAAUGCUCCCAUCAGGCCCUACGAAAACCCCGCCUACUUUAAAAACAUCAUCGCUCUGGCCUUCGACUACCGGCAGAAAACCGCCGGAGCUAACCGCGUCUUCUUCAGCGACGUCCAUUACGGGAACAUUCAGAUGAUCCACGACGACUGGACUGGACGACGCGUUCUGGCAGAGAAUGUUGGCUCGGUGGAGGGUUUGGCGUAUCACCGUGGCUGGGACACGCUGUACUGGACGAGUUCCACCACGGCCACCAUCACGCGUCACAGCGUGGACCAGAGCAGACGGGACGCGUUCAACCUGGACACGGUCAUCCGCAUGGCCGAGGAUGACCACCCGCACGUCCUGGCGCUGGACGAGUGUCAAAACCUGAUGUUUUGGACGAACUGGAACGAGAAAAGGCCGAGCAUCCUGAGAUCGACCCUUACGGGAAGAAACAUCCGGCUCAUCGUUAGCGAACGCAUCCUCACGCCUAAUGGACUCACCAUUGACCACCGGGCCGAGAAGCUGUACUUCUCCGACGGCAGCCUGGGCUCGCUGGAGAGAUGUGAUUAUGACGGUUCGCACAGAUACGUGGUGUUGAAGGCGGGUCCCGGGACGUUCUUUGGCCUGGCGGUGUACGGAGAGUUCCUGUUCUGGUCGGAUUGGGAGCAGCGCGCGGUGAUGCGGAGCGAUAAACUCACCGGAGCGGAUGUGACGGUGCUGAGAGCAGACAGUCCUCAGCAGCCCAUGGGCCUCGCCGCCGUGGCUAACGACACGCACAGCUGUGAGGGUUCUCCCUGCAGUGUCAAUAACGGGGGCUGCCAUGACCUCUGCUUGCUGACCCCGAGCGGCACGGUGACCUGCGCCUGCAGGGGCGAGCGGAUACUGCUCAAUGAUAACAGAUGUGUAUCGGUGAACUCGUCCUGUAACGUCCACUCGGAGUUUGAGUGUGGAAACGGAGGAUGCAUCGACUACCAGCUGACCUGUGAUGGCAUCCCACACUGCAAAGACAAAUCAGACGAGAAGAGGCAGUACUGCGAUAACCGUAACUGUAGGAGUGGUUAUAAGCCCUGUUAUAACCAGCGCUGUGUGUCCAGCUCUCGCUUCUGUGACGGCGUGGAUGACUGCGGCGAUAAUUCAGAUGAAGUCUUCUGCAACAGUUCCUCGUGCUCGGCUGCAGAGCGGCGCUGUGCCGACGGGGUGUGUGUGCCGCAGGCGGCCUGGUGCAAUCAGAUCAUCGACUGCGCCGACGCUUCUGACGAGAGGAACUGCAGCGAUGUGGACUGUGUGGAUUACCACAGGCUGGGCGUGCGAGAGCGCGGCGCUGCUUUUCUCAGGUGUAACUCCACCUCUCUGUGUGUCCUCCCUCACUGGCUGUGCGACGGAGCCAAUGACUGCGGAGAUUUCUCUGAUGAAGCGCGCUGCCGCGCCUCCAAAAGUCAGGUGUGUGCAGACGGUCACUUUGCGUGUCCCAGCGGCCACUGCAUCUCCACCCGCUGGCUGUGUGACGGUCAGAAAGACUGUGAGGAUGGAGCGGACGAGCUUCAGUGUGACUCGUCCUGUCUGUGGGAUCAGUUCUCCUGCUCCAGGAGCAGAUGUAUCUCCCGGCAGUGGGUUUGUGACGGGGAGGACGACUGCGGUGACGGAGCUGACGAAGACCCGGGGAUCUGCGACUCAGUCACGUGUGCUGCAGGUCUGUUCAGCUGUCCUGGGUCGUAUGCCUGCGUGUCGCGCCGGUGGCUGUGUGAUGGAGAGAGAGACUGUCCCGAUGGCAGUGACGAGCUCGGAGCGGCCGGCUGUGCUCAGAAUCACACCUGUUCCGAGGGUUCUUUUCGUUGUCGGAAUCAGCUCUGUGUUCCACAGAGUUUCGUGUGCGACCACGAUGACGACUGUGGAGACGGUUCAGACGAGUCCCCUGAAUGCGACUACCGUGUGUGUUUAGAGGCUGAGUUUCGCUGUACAGAUGGGCGGUGUUUACCCAGCGCCCAAUGGGAGUGUGAUGGUUUCCCCGACUGUCUCGACCAAUCAGACGAGCCGCCACUGAACCCCAAGUGCUCCGCCGCAGAAAGUUUGUGCAAUGGGUCGGUUUUCAUGUGUGCCAAUGGCCGCUGCGUCCCGCUGGGCAGUGUGUGUGAUCACCGUGACGACUGCGGUGACCAAUCAGACGAGUGGAACUGCGGAGUUAACGAGUGUUUGAAUCGCCGAGUCAGCGGCUGCUCACAGGACUGUCAGGACAUGCCUGUAGGGUACAAGUGCACGUGCUGGCCGGGUUUCCGUCUGAAGGCGGAUGGACGGACGUGUGUGGACGUGGACGAGUGUGUGGAGAGUUUCCCCUGCAGCCAGCAGUGCAUCAACACGUACGGCUCGUUCAAGUGCCUGUGUGUGGACGGAUACCAAAGAGUGGACGCUGACCCGCACAGCUGCAGAGCCAUCACAGCGGAGGAGCCGUUUCUGAUUCUGGCUGACCAUCAUGAGAUCAGAAAGAUCAGCCUGGACGGGUCAAACUACACCCUCCUGAAGCAGGGUCUCAGUAACGUUCUCUCUCUAGACUUCGACUACAGGAAGGAGCUGAUCUUCUGGAUUGAUACGAGCAGGCCGAGUGGACGCAGGAUAAACAGAAUGCGCCUCAAUGGGAGUGACCUCAAGGUGGUCCACAGGACAUCCGUGCCGAGUGCCCUGGCAGUGGACUGGAUCGGGAAGAACCUGUACUGGUGUGAUGCUGAGAGGAAGACUGUGGAGGUGGCGAAGGCUAAUGGACUUUAUCCCACCGUCCUCCUCAACACUGGACUUAGAAACCCUUCAUCACUUGCACUGGAUGCCACUACAGGGCUUGUUUUCUGGAUCGACUGCUGCGAGCAUCCGCACAUCGGGCAGAUCGGAAUGGACGGGAGUAAACCACGGGUCAUCAUCGACACGGAGAUACACGCUCCAUCAGGCCUGGCCAUCGACUACAUCAACCAGAGGAUCUACUGGGCAGAUGAAAACCACAUCCUGUUCUCAGACAUGGACGGAUCGAGGAGGUACAGAGUUCCUAACGAGGGCCUGGGCGGGGUAACGAGUCUGGCCCUGUUUGAGGAUUUCCUCUACUGGAGCGAUCAGAAGACCAAGACGCUGAGUCGCGCUCACAAAACCUCCGGAGCUGGACGCUCCGAACUGCUCAGCUCCUGGCAAAUCAUCCGCGACAUUAAAGUCUACCACCCGCUGCGGCAGCCUGACGUUCCAAAGCACCAAUGUCAGGUGACUAAUGGAGGCUGCAGUCACCUCUGCCUGCUGUCUCCAGGUGGAGGCUACAGGUGUGCAUGCCCCACCCACUUUUACCUGGCCAAUGACAACAAGACCUGCCUUUCUAACUGCACUGCCAGCCAGUUCCGUUGUGGUACAGAUGAGUGCAUUCCCUUCUGGUGGAAAUGUGACACAGUGGAUGACUGCGGUGAUGGUUCAGAUGAGCCUGCAGACUGCCCGGAGUUUAAGUGUCAGCCGGGUCGGUUCCAGUGCCGGACGGGUCUGUGUGCUCUUCCUCCGUUCAUCUGUGAUGGAGAGAACGACUGUGGCGAUAACUCAGACGAAGCCAACUGUGACUCCUACAUCUGCCUGUCGGGCCACUUUAAAUGCACGCGGACUCACCGGUGCAUCCCGGGGAACCUGCGCUGUAACGGUCAGGACGACUGCGGGGACGGAGAGGACGAGCACGACUGCCCUGAAAACACGUGUUCGCCGACCCAGUUCCAGUGCAAGACCACGAAACACUGCAUCUCCAAGCUGUGGGUGUGCGAUGAGGACCCAGACUGUGCCGACGGCUCGGACGAAGCCAACUGCGAUGAGAAGACGUGUGGACCUCACGAGUUCCGCUGCAGGAACAAUAACUGCAUCCCGGAGCACUGGAGGUGCGACGGCCAGAGCGACUGUGGAGACAACUCGGACGAGGAGAACUGCAAGCCGGUGACGUGCAGCUGGAAGGACUUUGUUUGCGCUAACGGAGAGUGUAUCUCUGCACGCUUUCGCUGUGACGGAGACUUCGACUGUGCUGACCAUUCAGACGAGAGAGGCUGUGAGAGCCAUUGUGCUGAGGGUCAGUAUCAGUGUCAGAAUCACCUCUGUAUUUCGGUGAAGUGGCUGUGUGAUGGACAGGAGGACUGCAAAAACGGAGAGGACGAGCAGCACUGUCAACCAGCUAACACCGCUCUGAUAGCCGGGCCGUCCUGUGGUGUGAGUGAGUAUGUGUGUGUAGGGGGCGGCUGUGUGUUGGCCAGUUUACGCUGUGAUGGAAAAAGCGACUGCAUGGAUGGAUCAGAUGAGGUGGACUGUGUGCGCGAGUGUAAACAGGAGGAGUUUAUGUGCCGUAACCGAGCGCACUGUGUUCCCUCUGGGUGGCGCUGUGACGGAGUCUCCGACUGUCUGGACCAAAGCGAUGAGGAAAACUGUGAAAAUGGUGGCCUGACGUGUCGGCCUGAUGAGUUUGUUUGCAAUAACACCCUCUGUAAGCUGCUGGUGUGGCUGUGUGAUGGUGAGGAUGACUGCGGGGAUAAUUCUGAUGAAGAUUCAGAGAUGUGUGUGAGGUUGCUGUGUCCUCCGAGCAGACCGUUCCGCUGCAGAAACAACAGAGUGUGUGUGAGGACAGAGCAGGUGUGUAACGGAGCGAACGACUGUGGAGACAACUCAGAUGAGGAGAAGUGUGGUGUGGAUGGUAAAGCGAGGGCGUGCGGUAAGGCGGAGUUUUCCUGCUCUAACAGCCGCUGUAUUCCGGCGGAGCUGCAGUGUGAUCUGUUUGAUGACUGUGGUGACGGCGGCUCGGACGAGCGAGACUGCAGACAGUUGUCGGUGGACGGCAACUGCAGAGGACAGUCACAGCUGUGUGGAGACGACGCCUUCUGCAGUCUCACGGCCGCUUGGCCGGUGUGUGAGUGCAGAGCCGGAUUCAGGAGAGAUCAGCGCAGCAAGACGUGUGAAGAGGUGAACGAGUGUCUGAUGUUUGGAGUGUGCUCUCAGUACUGUGCGAACACUAAAGGAUCCUAUAAAUGCACCUGUGACAGGAACUUUAAAGAGUUUGAUGGUGAAUGUAUCACUAAAGGCCCGGAGGAUCAGGUGCUGUACGUGGCAAAUGAUACGGAGAUCCACAGCUUUGUUUACCCGUUUAAUCAGAGCCACGGACACACCCAGCUCGCCCGACUGGCCGAUAACGCCCGCAUCGUGGGGAUGGACGCCCUCUUUCACCUGCACAAGUUUGUGUGGGCGACCCAGUUUAACCCUGGGGGGAUUUUCUACAGAGAGCUAGGGGACAGGACCCCCAGCCGGGGGAGCAGUGGAACCAUUUGUCCAGAUUUCCGGAGGCCGAGGGAUAUCUCUGCGGACUGGGUGACGGGCGCUCUGUACUGGACGGAUCACUCCCGCAUGCACUGGUUCAGUUACUACACUGCCCACUGGAGGCGCCUGCGCUACUCCAUCAACGUGGGUCAGCUCAGCGGACCCAACUGCACCCGCCUCAUCACUGACCUGCAGGGGGAGCCCUUCGCCAUCACCGUAAACCCCGUCCGAGGGAUGAUGUACUGGACAGUGAUUGGUGACCACUCACACAUUGAGGAGGCGGCCAUGGAUGGUUCUCUGCGUCGCGUUCUGCUGGAGAAGAACCUGCGCAGGCCGACAGGUUUGGCGAUCGAUUACUACGGAGAGCGGCUGUACUGGGCUGACUCUGAGCUCUCUGUGAUCGGCAGCAUUAGACUGGACGGGACGGACGUUCAGCAGGCCGUGAGGCCUCAUCAUGGUGUUUCUCAGCCGUUCCGUAUCGAUGUCUUUGAGGACUACAUAUAUGGGACCAAUCUGAAGCACGAGACCUUCCGGGUGCAUAAGUACGGGAGGAAGCUGGCGGAGAUGCUUCGUCUGCGAGUGGACAGAGCGUCCAGUGUGCUGGUGUUCCACCGUUAUAAACAGCAGGAGGUGCUGAACCCGUGUCUGAGGAUGAGCUGUGAUUUCCUCUGCCUGUUGAACCCCGACGGGGCGAGGUGCGUGUGUCCAGAGGGGAAGUCCCUGGUCAACAGGACCUGCAGGGACACCAGCGUCUCAGGUGAGCUGUGUCGGCCGGUGUGUGAGAACGGCGGGCGCUGUGUGCUGAAUGAGAAAGGACAGGCUCGCUGUCUCUGCUGGCCGAAUUACUCUGGUCAGCAGUGUGAAAUCAGCCACUGCAAAGAGCACUGCCUCAACGGGGGCACCUGCACGGCGUCGCCGCUAGGGAAGCCUGCGUGCCGCUGUGCUCUUGGUUUUUCCGGGCCGGUGUGUGAGAGGCGUGUGUGCGACAGUUUCUGUCUGAACGGCGGAACGUGCGAUGUUACCCUCGGCAACCAGCCGUUCUGUCACUGUCCGGCAGAGUACACUGGAGAACGCUGCAGAUACCAUAUAUGUCAUCAUUUCUGCGUGAACUCGAAGGCGUGUACUCUGUCCAGCUCGGGGGACGUGGAGUGCGUGUGUCCGACGCGGUUCGAGGGUCUGAAGUGUGAAGUGGACCGGUGUGUCCACUGUCGGGGGGCUCCCUGCAUCGUAGAUAACAACACCGGAGACGUGUUCUGCAACUGUACUAGUGGAAGAAUCGCGUCUAGCUGUCAGUUGUGUGAUGGUUACUGCUACAACGGAGGAACCUGUCACCUGGACUCGGAAACCUCUCUGCCCUUCUGCCAGUGCUCAGCGAACUGGACCGGCACACAAUGUGAGAGACCCGCCCCCAAGAACAACCGGAACGACAACGUCAGCGAGAGGAGCAUCGCCAUCAUCGUCCCUCUGGUGCUGCUGGUGAUCAUCGUGGGCACCGUGACGGUGGGCGUGCUGGUCUGCAAACGACGACAAAGGGGGAAACGUGUGCAGAGGCAGCCUAUGGCUAACGGGGGUCUCAAUGUGGAGAUCGGAAACCCCUCCUACAACAUGUACGAGGUGGAGCACGACAAUCAUGUGGACGUGGGGAGCUUCCUGCACCCCAGCUUCACUCUGGACCCUCAUAAGGGCUGGUGUGUGAGGUCGAGUGACCCUCGAAAUCUGCCCCCCCACACCCUGCACCCUUCACACACUCUACCUGUUCACUCUGUCCCCACGGAGCUCAUCCCAGGACAGGCCAUGAACUACUCCAACCCCAUCUAUGCGAAGAUGUACACGGACGGUCAGCAGUGUCGGAAACCCGUCCUCCGACUGAACGACAGGAGAGACCUGCUCCCAAAGAGACUGGAGACGGCCAUCCGCGAAACAGCCGCUUAACCUAGCUUUUACACAA